AUGUGUUUACCUGUGAAUCACAGUGGUCACGUGACAGGAAGAGAAGUUCAAAACACAGUCGCAAUGGGGCGACUACGGUGUGUUAUUGCUGUAAUUUUCUCAGUUUUCUCGAUAGUCCAGUGUUUACAGAGAGAUCCAACCCCCUAUCGAGAUUCGGAUUGUCCAGAAGGUGCUCCAGUAGGACUUGGGGUCAACAACGGUCGAAGAAUCCCAGAUGGGGCGUUCACAGCAUCAUCAUCGCAUGUUAACAGGGAACCAGCCAAGGGCAGGCUUGAUGAACAGUCAGGUGCCUGGACAGCAAAGGUACAAGAUUCUAGUCAGUGGUUGGCCGUGGAUCUAGGUCGCGAGUAUGUCAUCACAAAACUCCAGACCCAGGGUCGGCAAGGCUCGGGCGAGUAUGUCAGCGAGUAUAUGUUUGCGUUCUCUAACGACGCCAUCACCUGGAGAUACUACACAAAUGAGUUUGGAAUCAGAGAGAUAUUCGUGGGGAACAAAAAUUCUCAAGACACAGAAACUAGAGUUCUCAAAUACCCAGUGAUGGGUCGUUAUGUCCGAUUCCAUCCACAGAGAUGGGUAGAAAUCAUUUCUCUUCGGGUGGAAAUUUAUGGCUGUCCUUACAACCCUGAGGUGGCCCGGUUCUCAGGUGAAGGUUACAUCUACUAUGACCUUUCGACCUUGAACCCACCUCCCAGCACCACGGAAGAUCUGAUCAAGCUCCGCUUCAAAGCGAGCAACCAGAACGGAGUGUUGCUCUAUGCCGAUGGAAACCAGGGAGAUUUUGUUGCUCUUCAGCUACACAGGGGGAAUUUGCUGUUUAGCAUUGAUUUAGGGUCCACCCAGCUGAGGCGAGGCCUGACACAGCAGACUGGGGGUAGUCUACUGGACGACAGCCAGUGGCAUGAUGUCAUCAUUCGCCGGAACCACACCAAAGUUACCCUGGUGGUGGACAGACUUGAGACCCAUUUCGAAACCAAUGGACUUUUCUACAGGCUUAACCUUGACAAAAAGAUUUACUUAGGGGGUCUUCUGACCUUUAACAUGAAUGGAAUCAGUGUCAAGUACAACUUUGAUGGCUGUAUGGACAACGUCGUCUUCAAUGGUGUGCGGAUGAUACGGGACACCAAGAAUGGCUACCAGGGAUUCUCCAUGGUUGGUGUGAUGCCUGACCCCUGGAACUGUAAGAUGACAGCUCCAAUGCCCGCCACUUUCUACUCUCUGGAUUCCUACAUCAAAACUUCCUCAGAUGCAGGAGGUGGUGUCUUCAGGGUCAGAUUCGAAUUCCGGACCCACGACGAGGAUGGAAUUCUUCUGUACCAUGAAUUCCAGGAAGGGGGCAAUAUCAGGGCUUUCUUGGAUAAAGAUGGUUAUGUGAAUUACCAACUAACUGACCAGAGUGGUCAAAAGAUUGAAGACAAAGUACGAAAUACGGCGGUGGAGUACACCAGCAGUUUCUCGGACGGUUUGUGGCACGCCUUCUCUGUCGUAGCCAAUCAGGAGAUGCUAAAUGUCACAGUGGACAUGAACUCCAAGGUGUCGAGUCGCACCCUCCAGUUGAAGAAAGGCGCUGAUUACUACAUAGGUGGAUAUACCGUGGGAAUAAGUUUCCGUGGCUGCAUCAGAAACAUUGAAAGAGACUACAAGCCUUUGGAUUUGAAAGGCACAGAGUUCACCAGCAAAGACAUUCAAGUUGGAACUUGUGGUCUGCUCGACAGGUGUACCCCGAAUCCGUGUGAGAAUGGUGGGAUCUGUGAUCAGGACUGGAACACUUUUACCUGUGAUUGUGGAACCUCUGGCUACGAAGGGGCAGUCUGCCAUCGAUCCUCGUACUACCUGUCCUGUGACAUGCAUAAGAUGUACACCUCGGAUGAGAAUGAGGAGAAGACCUUCAUUGACCCUGAUGGAUCGGGCCCACUCAAACCGUUCCAGGCGCUGUGUUCCGGGAAAGUUGAGCUUAGUAAGGAGGUUGUGACAAAGAUAGGACACAACAGCGAAGACUUGAUCACUGUCAAUGGCUACCAGGCCCCCAACUUCUACGUCCGACAGAUCGAGUAUGAUGCGGACCUUCCUGAGCUGACCGCCAUCAUAGAAAGGGCGGCCACCUGUACUCAGGGGCUCUCCUACAAGUGUCGCAAUUCCAGGCUCCUCAUAAACCCAGGGGAUGAGGCACCAGGAUUCUCACACUGGGGUUGGUGGGUGGGUAGAACCUUCCAGCCCAUGUACUACUGGGGCGGGGCGGCCCCGGGGUCAGGGAAGUGUGAGUGCGGGCUUACAGAGGUUGGUUGUGCUGGGAACAAGCCUCUUUGUAACUGUGACUCUAAACUGAAUGAGACAGAUGAAGGACAGAUUCAACACAAAGACUACUUGCCCAUUCUGGAGCUUCACUUCGGUGAUACUGGAACAGCUGUGGAUGACAAGAUCGGUUACCAUAAAGUGGACAAGUUGGAAUGCCGAGGAGACAACUUGCUGGACAAUGUAAUCACCUUCAGGAAGCCGGAUGCCUCCAUCAAGCUCUCCACCUUUGAGGCUGAGCCCUCCGGUGAUAUCUGGUUCCAGUUCAAAACCACAGCAUUUGACGGAAUCAUGGUCCAUCAAUCAGGGAAACCAGAUUUCGUCAAAAUUGCCAUUGCAAAUGGAAACACAGUCCAAUUCAGCUACGAUGUUGGAAAUGGAGCCCAGGUCAUUGAGUACAGAUCCACCAACGCUCUAAAUGACGACCAAUGGCACACAGUCCAUGUGGAGAAGAACAGGAAGGAGGCUUGGCUGCGAGUGGAUAACUUCCCCGCUCAGACAUCACAGGAAGGAAUCGGAGAAAAAACCCGCACACUGGAUUUACAAGGAUAUCUUUUUAUUGGUGCUAGUGUUGAGGACAGGAAUGGUUACGUGGGCUGCAUGCGAGGACUGAGGAUUAAUGGUGUCCUCCAGGACCUGAGGGGCCUUGUACACAGAGAAGAGGUUACCUAUGGGGUGUCAGAGGGCUGUGUGGGCAAGUGUGCCAACCAGAUGUGCUUCAACGGGGGCACUUGUAUCGAGGGUUACUCGGGCUACACCUGUGACUGUGCAUACACGCCUUUCAGGGGAUGGAAUUGUGGGAGAGAGGUUGGUGUUAAUUUGCUGAAGGAGUACAUGAUACAGUACGAGUUCAGCGCUGAGCAGGGACUCUCGGCCACCGACUUCAUGCACGUGAGGGUAGGCUUCACUACCAAGAAAAAACAGGGCAUCCUUCUACAGCUGCAGGAUGCGACCAACACUGAGUACAUCUCACUAGAAAUCAACAACGCCGGGGGUGUGAAAUUCGCGCUGGAUGUGGGGUCAGAGAGGUUUGAGGUCAACACACCUAACCAUGGAAUCGAUUACACGAACGGACAGCAGCACGAAGUCAGGAUGUGGAGAACAGGAGAGAAUGGCAAAGUGGUCCACAUACAGGUUGAUAAUUAUCCAGAGGAAUCGAUGUCCUAUGGAACUAAAUUCAGUGACAACAUUUUGGACGAUCCUAGAUACCUCUUUGUAGGAAAUAACAGCACGCAAUCCACAGCCCGAGGCUUUGAAGGCUGUAUAUUCAGAAUGGAAAUAGACAAUGUCUACCCUCUCAAGAGAGCCUUCCAGGAUCCCAAACCAACAUUUGUCAAGCUUUACCCAGAAGGGAAGCUGCGGGAAGAUAUGUGUGGUUACGAGGAGACCACCGUCCUUCCUGACCCCAUCGAGUCCCGCCCAAUCAACCAGGGGGACCUUGUUGACAUCACAUACCCCACCCCUCCCGACCCAGUCAUAGAGAAGAAGAUUAUCGGAGGUGUGAUAGGAGCUAUUUGCUUUAUCAUUGUGUUAGUUAUUAUUGGACUGAUAUUUUAUUGCCGAGACAAAGGUGACUAUGAAACCAAAGAGGCGAAGGGCGCCGACAUUGCCGAGAACGCAGACGUUGCUGUGGUAUUUAACCAGACGGGUGUACCAGACAUUACAAAACGACAGGAAUUCUUUAUGUAGACGCAGCGUGUAAUAAACGCAACAAAGACUACACAGCAGUGACCUAGUGACAGACAUUCCAUUGGACAGUAUGUAAUCACGCUCAAAAUCUCAGCAAACUCCUUCAUCUUCCUAGACCAAUUCAUAUUCCUGGAGGAAGGUUUGAAGCAUUGUCAUUUAAUAUGGAGAUGUGGGAAAUUGACACAAGUUUUUUUACCUGUAGAAUUGUGAUAGUUUACUCAGAUGUACUUGUAUGAACAUUUGUAUUGAAUGGGCUUUAUAUGAUGUAUACUUGACUACAUUCCAUUUAUAUAUACCGCUCGGUACCAGAUCUAUGUAUGUAUGUAAGAUGUAUACAUGAACUGUGUGUGUGGCUGAGUUUGUAUGGAAACCGAGGGAGUUCAUUUAUUUAAGGAGCUUACGGGGACCAAAUGGUUGUGCAUCAUAUAAAUUAGAAAUAUUUUUACACAUUUCCCCCUAAAUGUCAUCGAGUCUUCUUAUUAAUAUAUUUCUUUUCCACAUCUUGUGAUUAUGAUCAUAUGUAUAUAUGUAUACAGAUUAUGUACAUGUAUGUGUGUGUGUGUGGAUGUUUAUUUUUACUAACCUGUAGGAUUUUUUUGAUACAUGUACCUGUAUAUUGAUUGGUUGACCUCUGUGUAUUAUUUAUCAUGUGUAUACCAGUGCCAUUAUCUCAUUGUAUCUAUCAUCCAUCAACUUCCAUACAAACAUUAACAAUCAUUAAUUCUUUUUUAUAUAAUACAAUAAACAUGAGGCUAAAUCUA